GCAGCGAAUGGCAUUCUGGGAUAAGAAUUUUGCGCCAUGUUGGUAGUCAGCGUCUGAUACUGGUAUUUACGUUUUGCCUGUAAAUAAAGUCCAAGUGCAGUUGUUUCUGCCACGCCUGAAGAGCACGCUCGUCUGUAACAAUGAGUCCGGCGGAAACGAAGAAAACCAAGCGACGAAAGAACAAGAAGGUGGCACGUUCCCCAGGGAAAGAACAGAUUGAAGGCGUAGGCAUGUCUUCAGAAGUUGCCAGUGCUAAUCCUUGUAUUCGUCAAAACGCAAAGGAUGCUGGAGUUCUUGAUUCAUCAUUGUCAAAGUCACCAACGUGUGGGCCAAAAGAGGAUGUGCAUGGGUGCAUUCUUUGCUCAAGAACUCAUGGCACUGGUUCCAAUACAGAAGGAGAUCAUAACAAAGACGCUGUGGAUAUCUUUGGACCAGAAGCUGUGUGGGACAACUUGCCGUCAGAUGCCCUUUGCUCAUCAGAUGCUCUUUUCAGUGAAGAUAUCGACUUGUCUACUGCAUUGAGAGACGGAACCUUUCCAAAGGAGUUGUUGAAUUUAGCUGAUGAUUGUGGUUCAUCUGUGUGCAUCUGUGAACGCUAUUCCAACUGGAAGGCACUCGAACCAGAGACUGACCAGCAGGAGCUUCUCUGCUGGCAAGUGGUGAAGCAAGCUCUGCACCGAAAUUACCAGAGGGCAGGCCUUGGGAGCGAGGCUGUGCCCCCCUUGCGUGACGACCAGCCACCCCCAUCGGAUGCCGAGGUGCGUGCCAUGGUGUCACGCCUGCGCCGCAGAGACCCCCAGCACCUGCUGCAGUGCCUCAAGUACCAGGCUCAACUGUUUGUAGUUGAGUCGCGCCUGCGCAUGCUACGCCAGCUGGUGGCUGGGCCCCGCCUCGAGGAUGCUCUGGUGGCAGAGUACGCUAAGCUGCGACUUGCCUGGGAGGGACUGGACCCCCUGCUCGAGGAACUGGUUACACUCGACCUCAACAAAUAUGGUUUGUCCUGGGAGCUGGUGAACAAGUAUCUAUUUCAAGCUAUUGUCUACUCUGAUCCUGAGAUUCACAAAAGUCUGACAGACUUGCUCACCCAGAGACACUCCCUAAAGUUCAAACAAGAUCAUAAAGCAUUGUUGGAGCUUGACAAUGAUAUGACACUUACCACCAUAAUCUGGAGGAAAGUGCAGCAGCUUUUAGAUGAACCACACCAGUUAGAGCAAGUGUUACCAGCCCAGUGGAUGCCUCCCAGCUGGAGAUCAAUUGACCCAGAUGUUAUAGCCAAGAAUGUUGGACACUGCUGCCGAAGUCUCUUGGCCGGUGAACUGCCACAAGAGGGUUGUACUGCGUUGAUAGAACAGCGGCAGUGCUGCCUAGCAGCAGCCUCUGGCAUGGUGUGCCCAUUUGUGGACAUCCAACCAUCCGUAUCAGCAGCAGGGGAGCCACCAUCUACGCUGCACUUGCCAACAUCGUCACCACUGCCUGGAACAGCUUGGGGUCAUGGGGGAGAUACAUGUGGUCCCGGGCCCAAUGGCCAGGCAGCAGAAGCGAGUUUUCCUAAAAAGGCUGCAGAGACGUGCGAGUGCCAUGCCUGCACGCAGAUGCAGUGGAAUCCACAGUCACUGCUGCAGUUGUAUGGGGCACGUCCAAUCAGCCUUGACCUUGACUCGCUAGACAGUUUAGCACAGAUCAGGGACUGGGAGGAAGGCCACUUCAAGUCACGGCACUCUAGUGCUGAGCUAUCACCUCAGCCAGCACCCCCAGGCACUGCCUCAAGUCAAAGCUCCCCGACCCCUGCACGUCGUCAUUCUGAGCCUGGAACUUGCUUGGACUCUGACUGUGAUAAUGCCUUGUUAGAUGGUGAGGACUCAAUGGAUGACUCGUGCUCAGAGCACAGUUCCUCGACAACAGCCUCCAACCAACGAAGUGCUGGCGAAAGUCGUGUUUGUGACUGUUGUUAUUGCGAAGUGUUUGGCCACGGGGCACCUCCUGUGGCUCCUGUUAGCAAGAAUUACCAAGAAAUGCGGGACCGGUUACGGCUUAUCCUUAGCAAACGAAAGGCAGAGGCAAUUCAUAUGGCCAAGCAGCAGCAACAAAAUCAUCAUAAAGAACGACAUGAAGAUGACCGAGAAGUUGAAGAACUGCUCAGCUAUAUCAACGGAACUGACACGGGAGGCAGUCGAAAAGAAUCCACACAUGUGGCAGUGGAAUCCAGUAUUGCGAGCACAAAUUCCUCAACAGUGGUGAAGGGGACAGUGACCAAGCGACAUAAACGUAAAACAAAGCGGAGAGAAGAAAUUGAUAAGACGAAGGAAGCAAUAGAAAUAAAACCCAAUAGUCCUUCCGUUAUAUCAAGGCUAGUAGAAGGAGAGACAGAGGAGGCAAAGGUACCAUCAUCACCAAAGGCGGUGGUGAACCGCAAAGAAGCCCGCAAAGAGAAUGGAAUCCGGUUGAACAAGUGUCCUAAAAGUAAUGGAACAAGCACAAAUAGUAGUAGCUGCAUCGCCAGCAUUCGAGAAUUGAAUGAGGAGUGUCCCCUGCCAGAAGUGUCCUUGUGCAACAGGGUGACCUCCAGUGUGGCCAUAAACACUUUGUCUAGCAGCCGAGUGCCGACAACAUCAAUUUCAGGAAAUGUGUUCAUCAUUGGCCGGCCAUCGUUACCUUCAGAAACUGGGAGCUUGCUGAGCAAAGAAACUGUGUCAAAAAUGACCAUAGGAGAUGUGGAGCUAUCGGUGACAUCAUCUACGUUGUCUUCAAGUAAUGUGAUAAAGAAAGUGCCCCAGGACCGGGAAGCCUGCAUACCUGAAACUGCAACACGUAACCAUCAGCAAAGCUGCUCUGCAGAUCAGCAUACGGAAGCCAAAAAACAGCUAUGCAUUACACACCAUCUCAACGGCACACAGAAUGCAUCGAAAAGCAAGAAGUCUAGGAAAAAAAAAACCUCGUCAACGGAUGUCACAUCUCCAGAUGAAGUGUUCCUUCCAAAGGAUAUUGAUUUGGAAAAUGGAGACUUGGAUGAAUUAGAACGUGAAGUGGAAGCUUUUAAAAGGUUCUGCUUCAAUUCCGUGCCUGUGGCCAACAAAGAGAAAGUCCACGUCAACUUGAAGGACAUUUUGCUACGAAGGAAGCAGUCGUCAGCCGCAAUGAUGUCAGCGGGUUUGUUGCAGAGGACAUAAUGCUGCAAUGACCUGUUUUCAUCUCCAUGUGAUGCUCCCAGUCACAACCCAAAGUUAGGGACCUUGGAGUUUGAAAAAAGAAAUAUGAAGCACUUGUGCUCUGUUAAGGACAUUGUUGUGUUACAAAGGGUCCCGUUUGUUUAAAUCUGAAAAAAAAAAGAAUAAAUCUCUCAGAGCAUCA